AUGAAAUCCUUAGAUCGAAAGUGCAGCUACACUUCAGUGAAAGGGGUGGAGGUGUCAGGCCCUAUAUGGACCCCAGCACUGACCUUGAUCACAGCCAUCAUCCCUCAGGGUCAGAAGAAUAAGCACUGCACUCAUGAGAAAUGCCACCAGUCUCGAGGUGACACAAGAGUUCAGGCCCCUGUAGCAGUGGAAGAGUCUCCUCCCUCUUCUUCCCCUGUUUCAAAAGACUUCAAGGAAGUGGAUUCAACCAGCCACUCCUAUGACCUUGUCAGCAAAGUGAAACUCCCUAACAAUGGGAGGGUGUGCGCCGGCAGGGGGUUACCCAAGACCGGUCUACUGAUGACAGUCCUGGGUGUGAUCUUCAUGAAGGGCGACUGUGCUGCUGAGGAAGACAUCUGGAAAUGCCUGAAUAUGAUGCAAGUAUAUGGUGGGAGGAAGCACUCCGUCUAUGGGGAGCCUAAGAAGCUCAUCACCAAAGAUUUGGUGAAGCUAGAGUACCGGGAACACUGCCAAGUGUCCAACAGUGAUCCUCCAUGCUGUGAGUUCCUAUGGGGCCCAAAAGCCCACACUGAAACCAUCAAGAUGAAAGUCCUUGAAUUAUUGGCCAAGUUCAAUGACACAGUUCCCAGUGUCUUCUCAGCAAGAUAUAAAGAAACUUUGGAAGAUGAGGAAGUAAGAGCUGAAGCCAGACCUAUAGCCACUAUGUGUAACAGGGUCACUUCCAGCAGACUACUGAAGUCUGAGGCUUUUUAAAAAAAUCAUCGCAGUAAGAAAACAUAACCUCACAAUAGGGAUUUUCAUGGAAAUGUAAAAGAACCUCAUAGUAAAUGUAUUGUGAUAAUGGAAUAUAAAAAAACAAUAAAACACGAUCAACUUU